AUGUUGAACCAUAAGCUCCAGUCCGCGGUAUCAGAUCUCAGACGCAUGCACACCCCUGACCCCUACCUACUGUUCUACGUACUAACUUUAUACUGUGAAUUGAAUCCUCACGCCUUCAAGCGAGGACGGAGAAAAAGGUAUAAAAUUGUCUUCAAUUCCUGCUCGGAUCUUCUGUUUUUUUCAUCCAGCAUUCUCAAGCAAGCAAUCCUUCCUUCAUCCAUCCAUCCAUCUUUCGCUCGUUCUAUUCACAUUCCCUCGUUAGGAAUCUUAAUCUACUCAGUCAAAAUGCAGUUCACUCUCAUCACCGCUUUCGCCACUGCCUUCCUGGCCUCCUUCGUUGCCGCCAACCCUGCUCCUGCCCCGGCUCCCUUCGAGAUCGGUAUCGGUGCCAACGCUGCCGCUAACGCCGCUGCUGAGGUCGCUGCCAAUGCUGGUCUCGGUGCUGGUGCUGGUAUCCACUUCAAGGCUUAA